UAUAAUUUUAUUUGUCAUUUUCCGUUUGGUAGUCAAAGACCACAUAAAGGGUUUUGUCUUCUUGAUAAUAUUUGUUAAUAAGUUGAAGUUUCUUAAUAAUUUAUUAAAUCGACGUGAAUUGAUUAUUAAAAAUGAUAAGCGGACGAGCUUUACAUUUUGUUUUUAAAAUACCAGAAAGAAGACUAACCUAUAAAUUCUAUAAGGAUGUACUCGGAAUGAAGGUAUUGCGUCAUGAAGAAUUCAGUGAAGGUUGUGAAGCCGCUUGCAAUGGCCCCUAUGCAAACCGCUGGAGCAAAACAAUGAUUGGUUAUGGAUCAGAAGAUGAUCAUUUUGUAAUCGAAUUGACUUACAAUUAUGGAAUAAAAAGCUAUGAAAAAGGUAAUGACUUUAGAGGCAUCACAAUCAGAUCUCGUGAAGCUCUUGAGAGAGCAAAAGCAAAUUCUUGGCCUAUUAAAGAGGAAAACGGUCUCAAAUAUUUGGAAGCCCCAGGAGACUAUAAGUAUUACAUUUUGGAUGAACCACAGCCUACUGAUGCUGAUCCAGUGGUGAAGGUUUCAUUGUCAUGCUCUGAUUUGCAAAAUACUGUUAAUUAUUGGAACUCGAUUCUUGGAUUAAAAAUGUAUGAAAAAGAUGAUGCAGCUAAAAGAGCUGUUUUUGGUUUUGCUGAUAAUCAAGCUAAAAUUGAAUUCAAUCAAGUCAAUGCUGUUGACAGAGCAAAGGCUUAUGGAAGAAUAGCAUUCUCUUGUCCAUUUGCUCAACAAGAAAUUAUUGAUAAAACAAUCAGGGAUAAUAAUCAAACAAUUCUUACUCCUUUGCUUGUUUUGCCAACACCAGGAAAGGCUUCUGUAAGAGUUAUCAUUCUUGCUGAUCCUGACGGUCAUGAGAUUUGUUUUGUGGAAGAUGAAGGCUAUCGUAAGCUUUCUGAGUUUGAUCCCAAGGGUGAAGAGCUUCUUGAAAGAUAUAUUAAAAAAGAUUGAAAAGUUGAUAUGGCACAU